UUUUAAAUUGUAGAAUAAACGUCAAACACAGCUGUGGGGAACAUAUGCCGCAGAUGUUAUGAGAUUUCCUAUUUAAUCAUAAAAAAUACAUUUCAUAAAUUAAAAUGCUUAAAAACUUUUGUAGUUCACAAAUAAAAUUGCUAAAAACUUCAAUAGCCUGGGAACAACAAGUGCGGACCACGUUUAUAUUAAAACGUCGAUAUGAGCCUCCGCUAGCAAAGAAAAAUGGCCCACCUAGGAGGUUACGUGCAAAACACUUCUUAUAUGACUUGGUGGAAGACACUGGUAUAAAAAAGCGUCCAGAUUUAGAGGUGGUUCUCAAAACAUACGUUGAGGGUGUUGGCGAUAAAGGUGAUGUUGUAGCGGCCAGGCCAACAUUUGCCUACAAUAAAUUGCUAUUGCCUGGUCUUGCUGUGUAUAAGACAGAAGAAAGUGUCAAACAAUAUGCAAAAACAGAAAUGGAAAAAGAUAAAUCAACCCAUAGUUCACCGUAUGCGCAAAGAACUGUAAACAUGUUAAAUGGUUUGUUGUUAGGUGUUGUCAUGAAUAAGGAUCAACCAUGGGUUAUAGAAAAAUGGCAUAUAAAAGCUUCUUUAAGGAAAGCUGGCUUUGUAUGUCCUGAGGACUGUAUUACACUGCCAAAGGAACGUAUCGAAGGUCCUGAUAUGAACAAGGAAGGUAAAAUUUUUUUCUGUACUGUGGUGAUAAAUAAUUUAGAAAAGGCAACAGUAAAAUGCCGCAUACACCAUUGGAGUACUGAUCCAAGUGAACGUUUGCCAUAUGUACCUGAGUUUUGGAAAUUACCGUCAGAACCAUUAUUUGGUUCUGAGCAAGAAGCAGCUAGUAACAAUGCAGAAAAAAAGGAAUAAUUAAUUUGUUAAUAUAAUAUUUAUAUAAUUUCCUAUUUUAAUA